AUCACUAGAGGCGAGGAACCGUGCUGUAAUCGAGCUGGAAAGAACGAUGGAGACUCUAAAGAUGGAGCACGACAAGUGCAAGGAUCUAUUGGGUGACGCGAAACACAUUGAAUCUUGGAAGGAGGAGACGGAGACACUGAAUCAUCACAUCGUCCAGCUGGAGCAACAAUUGAAACGCUGCGAAGGCCUAAAAGACGACUUUAUCGGGCACGCUAGAGCAAAUAAGGAUAUCGAAAUGCAGACGAAAAAUGCAUGCAAAAAUGGUUGCAAUCCGUACGCGAAAGAUCGGUAUAUUCUCGCGCUGGAGCAGCAACUGACAGCCUUGAGGAAUUCCUUGAAGAAUCCCACGAGCACAACGGAAUCCUCAGAGAAGGAUAACAGUGACGAGAAGACGAACGGGAAAGUCGAGGAAUCCUGGAAGCAGGAGAUCGAAAUGAAGAACCGACAUAUCGUCGAGCUAGAACAGAAAAUAGUAUCGUUGGAAAGCCUCCUGAAGAAGAAUGUGGACGCGCAGAGGAUGCGCGAUCUCGAGAAAAGGAUAGACAGGAAAUCCAAACGGAUCGCCGAACUGGAAGACGCCGUGGAAGAGCUCGAGAACUUCCUCAAGGAGGACGUAAAGGAGAUGCGUGAUCUGCAUUAUCAGGUAUCGCUCGAUAAGGAGCGUAUUAUGAAACUGGAGAAGUGGAUUCAGAAGAACAGCAACCUCACGAACGCAGGGAUCGAUAAGGAGAGAAUUAUAGAAUUAGAAGAGAUGGUUACGAAUCUGGAGGAUUAUGUCAAGGAGCAUGACAUCGACGGUCUUAAGCGAAAACUGCAAGAUCGAGAGUGCAGAAUUGGUCAAUUGGAAAACCAAAUUUCCGAGUUGAAGAACCUGUCAAAAUUCCAGGAAAAUAUAUCAGUUAGAGACACACCGAACGAGAACAUUUUAUCCAAUGGCGGAGUAGCUUGUGAGCUGGGAGAAAAAGAACAAGAGAUAAAGGAUGUAACCUUUUCGGAAAAGGAUAACAAAAGCCAGGAAGCGCAGGAUGAAAGCCUGAAAAUAGAGCUGCGAGAAAAAGAACGAAAAAUGAAGGAAAUGGGACACGAUAUUUCGGAAAAAGACAAUAGAAUUCAGAGAUAUGAACAGCAGAUUAUCGAGCAGCAAAAUAAGAUUUCGAAAAUGGAGAAGGAAAUGGCCGAAAUGGAAGAAGAGUUGUACGAAACUGACGUUAACGCGCUAAAAGAAGAGAUUAGGCUGAGAAACGAGAGGGUGCAAGAGUUAGAGAUGGAGGUCAAUUCUUUAGAGACUUCGCUUGGCGAGAGAAUUGACGUCGCGAUCGAAGAGCUUAUCGCCACCCUGAAGGAGAAAGAGGAGAUAGAGAUUGAAUUAAAAAAGGAUCUCGCGGAAAAAGGGCGCAAAUUAGAGGAGUUGGAUGCGGCUCUUCGCCAGAGUAUCGCUAUUACGGAUGAAAUUGAGGCAAAGUUCAAGUUUGAAAAGAAGUUCAGAAAAGAAGCUGACCAAAGAACCGCUGAGUUGGAGGAGAAAAUUGCAGUCAUGCAAGCUGCUUCAGCUACAAAAUGCAUCACGUGCAAGCCGCUCCUUUACAAGAUAUUUAAGACCGAAGAGAAACUUGUCCAAUCGAAUCAAGAGAAGACUGUUCAGCUUCAAGAGUUGCGUCAAAUUAAACGUGAAGCUUUAAAAGCUGCCCUUUCCGAAAAGGAUGCUCAUUUAGCUUUACUGGAACAUUCAGGCAUAAAAACUCCGACACAAGCGGAUCAGGCGGCAAAACUAAAAACCGAUAAGAAAGUAUUACUUGAUAAAUUGAGAGAAGAGGACGAAAAAAGUAUCAUGCUAGACGUCAAACAGGACACAACUCCGCAAUUAUUUCAGAAAAUAUUCAAGACAUCUGAUGUUAAUGAGGGCAGUAAUGAUAACAAUAAUAAUUCUUUUGACGACCGCUUUGGCAAGAUCAAUCCAGCAAAAUCAAUUGCGGUAAAUGGCGACAGCUCGCCGACGUCAGCUAUCACUAGCUGCAAGUAUUCAACAAGGACGUCGAUGGAGUCGAUGGAUUUGCAAGACGAAGAUCAAUCGCGGAUUCAUCAGCAGGAUACCAGAUAAGUACUCGAGACCAUCUACGGUAUUUCGGAGUAUCGGUCCCUUCGUUACCUCUAUGUUGUCAUACGCACAUACACUCGCGAACGUAGAGGCAGUGUAUAGAACGUCUUUAGAAAAGUAGAAAAAAAAACAAAACAAACAAUAAUUACAACAGCAAAAAUACAGUACACCAUCAAUAUCAGCAACUACAGCAACAGCCAACACUCCUGCCUGUGCCGCUCAUCACGCAUCGCGCAUCUAUCAUCAUCAUCAUCAUCUUCGUCAUUAUUCGGCAUCUCUCACCAUUAAUCGGCAUUUUAUCAUACCACGCGAUACAUAGUGCUUGAAAGAAUUGUCAAGAUUAUAAGAAGCCCGUAGCUUCUUCAGACCACUGGUAAUCCAAGUAGAUAGCAUUUGGUUUACCAUGAAUGAAAUAUAGUAACAAUGGAUGAUAUAACGAUGGUUUUGGACAUUUUAUCCUGACAAUGUGUUAUAGGCGUUCAUCUUCUUCUUCCUUCGAUAUCAGCGAUAUUUGGACUGUUGUGGACGUAAUUGUUUAUUAUUGCAAUAAUGUAUCGAAAUAUGCGAAUUGUUGUUAAAAGCAUACAAAAUUGUUAAAGACAUUGACAAUUUAUUAGUGGAACAAUGUUUUAUAUUUAUUUCUUUAAUACAUUUAAUUUUAGGUAUACAAUUAAAUUAGCGCUUUAAAGAAGUAAAAAUUAGAUUAAUGAUCGAAGAUGAUUGAAAGAAAUAAAAAAUGGACUAGAGUUCAUUUCUUGAAUUUUGAUAAUUCAAACAGUUUGAACAUUUUAGAAAAUUUAAAUAUUUGUAAAUAAGAGCUUGCUUUUAAUUUUUUUGUGGCUAAUCUAAUUUGCUUGAAGAAGAAUUUAAUAUUGCUUGAUGAGUUUACAUAUAUCGGCAUUCCUUGAUGUAUAAAUAAAUUACAAUUGGAAUAAAUUAUAUAAUCGUCCUGCCGUCUUCGUCCUCUAAAUAAAAAAAGUAAGAAUUAAAAAAAAAUUGAUAUAAGAAUUUAUAUACAUAUACAUAUACAUAUAUAUAUCAUGUUGCAUUUAUAAUCAAAGAAGUUAGCUAUAUUAUUAUUACAUUAUUUUAUCCUUGUCAUUUGGAUUUAUUUGAAUUCACGAAAAUUAAUUAGGAAACGAUCAGUUUUAAAACCAGUGUCUGUGAUUUUUGGAAAUUAAUAUUUAAGAAAUCAAAAAGGUUCAGAAAUAUUUCUGGAUGUGUUACCUCUAGAGCGUUACAUUGAAUUGUUGCAAUCGUCACACUAAUCGCAAAAAUGGGAAUACGCAGAAGAAUACGUCGCUGUAAGUACCAGGCGACGUGCACGAUCAGAAUGCGCUCUUUAGGACGUGAUCCGCGAAAAAAUUACGGAAAGCCAAGAGAACGUAGCCGAGGCACUAAAGAAAUCUCUUGUAAAUAAUACGUUAUUUCUUCCACCCGUGCAACUGUUCCGAAAGUCAUAAACGAUUCCUUGGAAGAUCCCCCAUUUAACGAUCUAUAUCCGUUCCCAAAGUACACCGCUGUAGAAUCUAUUAUGUGUACACACGCAUAAGUAUCUUUCGAAUUCAUGAAAUCCACAUUUACUCGAGACUGUCCUAUCGGAGAAUACACGGUCGUUACACAUAUGUAUAUCGCGCAAGGGGACAACGGAACGUGAUAAAAUAUCGCUAGGGAAAAGUCAUUGAAAUAAAAUCUCGAUUGUUGAUUUUAGAUAAAUGAACUUGAAAACGUGCGCUUUUUUAAACAAAAGCGUUGGCAGAAGCUUGGCGUCGACGUAAAUUGUUUAAUAAAACGAGACUACGGUUACGAAUUAAGACGCAAGAUCCGUCGUCGCUGAUCUGAUUCUCACGAAGCGCAUUUAAAUGUGCACACGGUGCGAUAUUUCAUUGAGUUCUCCUUUCUCCCCUUACCCUAGUGACCGUUGGCUACCGUCGAAAAUUAAUAGAAACGGCACAAUACGGUUGACACAUAAAGGGCUUGAAAUGUCAUUUUUGGAGACUGGCGAGCUGGCGAGCGAUCUGAGAUGCUGCGAUGUGCGAUGCAAUAUUUAUGAUGUGAGUACUACAGCGAGUGCGUUGCAGCAUUAAAAAAAAAAGAAUCAAGUAUGCAUCUCCUUCUCGCGUGAACCAUAACGUAGCAACGUGUUGCAAAAAGAAAAAAACGAUCAGUGAGGGGAGAUUCUGCCGGAUGGCGCAUUCUUUGAUCGUUCGAUCUCGCUCGUCGCUGAUAUUGUCGCGUCUGCCAGUGCGGUGAGUUAAAUGGCGAAAUGUUGAAAGUGUAAAAUUUUAUCGUUAAUACUUGAGGAUAGAUCUCCUCUGUGAAUUCCGCGGGUAUGACAGCACGUCUCUCGUUGCUGGCUUAUUCAUUCGUUUAACUCCGGCGCCUCUUUGCAUCUUGACUACGAACCAUUUAGACUCAAAAGACUUAUUAACUCGACUUUAUAAUAUAUUUAAACGUUAGGACAACUGUAAGCUGGAAUCAAAGUGCGCGUGUUGUGCGCGGGCAUGGAUACUUGUUGAAGCGAAGCAUCGCGAGCUGUAAAAUGUAUGAAGAAAUUCGAAAGUAUCACUCUUAUUAGUGUAAAUAAUAUUUCGUGAAAUUAAAGUUUAUCACUAUUAAUACUUUUAUUAACAAUAAUAUCUAUAACUCGUAAAAAUUUACAAUUGAAUUAUUGUUGUUUCAAUAUUAUUUUUAUUCGAACUUAAUUUAGUGACAUUUUUAAUCAGUAAGAAUCGCGAUACUUGGCCGCAAUCCUUGCCAGAAUAAUGUCAUGCAUUGCCGCAUAACAGCUUCCUCUCUUACGUCUGACCUCUCAUGUAGAUACACGUACAGAGAUUGAGAUAUGAUUUAUAUUAAUAUGACCGCAGUCGCGUGUAUAAAUAAAAUGAGAACCGUCAAGGCAAAAAUUAUAUUUACGUUAAAUUUUCCACAAGAAUCAAACAGUUCAGAUAAUCCAAUAGUUGCUGAUAAUUAUAAUAUAUUACGGACCAUCUAAAUAUUUUGUGUGUUUAGAAUCAAUAACAGUUUAUACGCCUUCUUUUAUUGCUCAUAUUUUUAUGAAGACGUUAGGGAGAUGGCAAAAUUUUAUUAAUGACAUGACAAGUUGUUGGGAUAAUUUAAUUUUCGUCAGAACGAUAACUGUUGUUAUUUUAUUUCUGUUAACUUCCAACGUCUUGCCAUUUUUUAAAAAUCUGUUUGCAAAGUGUCGAUUCUAUUGUCGAUUCUAAACGAGAGAUGCAGCGAUUUUGUUAAACGUAUCUCUUUUGUGUCGAUCGAGUCGAGAGAUCGAAGGUAGAAAUAGAGAGGAAGGACAAUGGGAGAGAAAUGAGAAGAAACAAUUAGUUAACGUGCCACCAUGUCAUAUCAAGCCUAUAUCAUCGUGUUACAUCAUAUAUAGCUAAGCAGAAAAAAAAUAUUAUCGUUAAUUGACACAAUUGUUAACACAGAGCGAGUGUAGCAUGAAUGUAUUGAGCGUCUGGUGAAUGCAUUUUUAAGAAACCCGCAGCAUUAUUUUUCAAACGUAGGAUUUUUUAACAAAAUCGAAUAACUCCGGAUACUUAUCUCACUUUUACGAUCUCACUUUUACACUAUAUUCGACAUUUUUAAAAUUCUCGACUCUUACCUAAUCUUGAUUAGCAUUGUUAAUACACGAAUCCAGGUCACUUUCGAUGUUUCAACUCUUUAAUAUACGUCACGUAAUUCGAUAAUAAUCUUAACUCUGAAUUUCUGUUUUGCGAAAAGCCGCAAGGAAUGUGUGACCAUGUGCACGAACGGGCAAAGCGACAGACACAGACAAAGUAUCAGAUCGAAUUUCUUGUUGACAUAUUAGAUUCUACUAACGUAAUAUAACGAUAUAACAUAUAAUAGUAACGUAUUAUCCGAUCACUCCACGAAGAUCCUUUCGAUACAAUCGAUGUCGUAGAAUUUUUGUCGUUCUCGUCGAAAUGGUGAAAAGAGUUCGGUUGAGAGAACAAACAGGAGAAAGCGGAGGGGGGAGGAUGCGAUUUUGCGCCUAAAUUAAUAGAAGGGUAAUAAACGAUAAAAUAAGCACUUGUUAGACAUUAAAUUUAUUUAUAAGGGGAGGACCAGAUAUAUAUCUUGCGUAUCGCGGAAAGUUCGAUAUUAUGCAUAGAGAAAUGUUUCUUCAGAAUUUAUAAACUUUUUGAUAUCCAAAGAAAUUUACGCAUUAGAAUAGUCUAAUCAAGCUAAUAUUUGAAUUAAAAAAUGCAAUUGUUUAAUUUUUUAAAUAAUAUACAUUUUCAAAUAUAUUUUUAAAAUAAUUAAAUUUCAGUUUAUUACUAUUUAAAUCUUUUUUUACUUAUACAAUUAUUAUUUUAAUUAAACUAUUGUAUCAUUGUAUUUAUUUAUAAUUUAUAUUUAUAUAAUAGUAAAGAAAUUUCCUUUUCACUCCCAAAUAAAAAUCAGUUUUUGAGAAUUAAAAGUAGUAGUAUAAUAGUGAUAGUAGAAUAGUAAAAAAAGUAAUAUUAAUUUAGCGGGGGUGAAAAGAUUGAGCCUUGUUUGAAGUGACAUGCAGUACUGGACGGAGUGUGUGGCAAAAUUUUUUUAAUAUUUUGUGUUGAGAUUUAGAAAGAGAAUGAUAACUGUGAAGGAUUGGAUCUUUCUUUCUACCAUUGUCCUUUAUUGAUUGAAUUUUGUUGAAGAAGGUUAACAGUAGUAUAUUUUUUUAAGUCUGAAACCUUAUAUUAGGCAAAUUAGAAAUAUUCGUUUGUCCCUUUUUUAGGGAAAAUUGUUUGGCGUUUACUUCUCAGAAUUAAUCUUGGUUUUUGAAUUGAUUGAAGAACAAUUCAAGCAAAAAUAUAUACACAAUUUUUAAGUACCUCAUGGCCUUUGAUCGUAGUCGGUCUACUUUUUUCACAUUGUUUCUUCUUCUUCUUUUUUUUUUUUUUUUUUUAGUCACGUUCUCGUAUCUAAGGCUUCGUCUAAUAUUGUUAUACCGUGUUCCUGAAUUAAGUAUAAUCUAACGAAUUCGAUCAGACGCACUAAUGCGCACAUUAAAGUCGUCGUAUAAAAAUCAACGUAAAGAUUUGUGAUAUGUCACUUUUACAUUUAGAUUAGAUCAGUGUUCAGUGGCUUCAGUGUGCACCAAUGCGCACUAGUACAAUUGAAAGAGUUCAAUCGAAUUUGCUAAAGAUUUAAUUAAAUAAAAAAUAUUGUUCAAAACAAUUUGUUUCUUUAGUCAUAUAAUAAAGUUUCAUGUAAUAAAAUUAAAAAACUUGUAUGUAACAAAUAUUUUAUUUAAAAUCAUAUUGUUUCUGUGAAAUAAAUGUAAGCCAAACAAAUAAAAAUAUCGAAUGUAGAGGAAUGUUUUUCUCUACCCAAGAUAUAAAAUUUGAUGUUGCAAAAGUAAUAUAUGUGUAAUAUUUAAGUGAGUUAAAGGGUUGGAGUUACAGAUUUGUCUUCUUCUUUAAUGUUCAAAUCUGACUAAUAUUUUCUUUUUCUUCUUACUUAUAUUUAUUUUUUCUCGUUUUCUUAAUGUUUUACGAUUUUGUGGAAAAAAAACAUUCUUAUAAAUUUAUUUAUUUAUUUAAAAUAUACAAUAAAAUAAUUUUUCAAAUAUGAAUUGUUAAAUAAAAACUGCAAGUUUGAAAGAGUUAGCACUUGAGUAGACUUUGACUAGAUUAACUUUGUAAAACUUUGAUCAUUCUCUGUGAUAGCUGUUACGUGCACUUAUUCCAUACUUCAAAAUUUUGUAACUCUAAAUCUACUCGAGUGUUACAAUGUUACUUUAACAACAUCAAGCUUUAUAACUUAAUAACGAACUUUUCAAAAUCUGUGAGAUGCAUACCUGGAUACCUCAAUGUUAGGUGAUCUCAAUUGCAACAUCACGUUUGUGUUUAAACUCGAUCAUUUUCAUGAACGACGAAUAUCUGUACAUUGAAGUUACUAACGAUAAAAUGCUUAUUAAAUAAUUAAUACGUAAUUUUUAAAUGCCCUUUUUAUGUCUAAGAUCGUUUUUCAAAAAGUAUUAGUCGAGCAAAAAGUAUUAGUCGAGGAGAUACAAGGCUUAAUCGCGCGUUAUCACGAUAGACAAGUAUCCAUCAGUUAUUAUCGAGAUCCUCCCCUUGAACCUCACCAAUUUAUAUGGCACUCAUAAUGAUCCUAUGGUGAGACUGCAGAGCGAGACGAGAGUGAGAGACCGAGUGAAAGAAAGCGAAAGAGAAGCGGUCCUAUUAUUUUUUGACUCGUGACUGUUAAGUGUCCACGAUAAAAAAAAAAAAAAAUACCAAAGAAAAUGAAAUACGAUUUUUAUGUGAAUAUUGUAAGGAAAGUCGUACCGGCAUUAUCGUAAUCUUUAUUGGAUGCUAUUUCAAAAUGAGAUAAAGAAAAAUAAUUGAAACCCAUGAUAAUAAAGGUACAAAAGUAGUAAAAAUUGAAAUAAGAGAGAUUCGUCAAAUUAAAAAGGAAAAGAAUUAUCUACAAUUAAAUGAAAGAAGAAAUAAAUAAAACUCGCACAAUUCGCAAAACAUCGGAUUUUCUAAUUCUUAUUACUGCUUUCUUGCGCUGAUCACGUGAUAAUCUAUAAAAAAUAAAAUGUUCUUACCUAUUAGAAUGCUUCAAUGUCCCACGCAUCCGAUACAGUUCGGUAACACGGUACGGCGUAAUUUCAACCCGCUCUUUUUCUAUUCUCCAAUUUCUACGUGUUUAAUCGCUAAAUGAAACUAAUUGAUAACGAGUCUUUAACGAAGAGGAAACGCGAUAGGAUGGGAGAGACGCUUCGAUUACUAUUAUUGUGCAACGUUUAUCGUUAAUAAUCUCGACGAAUCUCGACGCAAUACAAUUUUCGAUCGGGUGUAUAUACCUAAGCGAAUGAUAAUAAUAUGACGACGGGGAUAUAUGUAAGUCAAAAGUGUGAGAGCGUGAGUGAAAGAGUGAAAGGGCUGGAGAGAAAGGGGGAAGAGAGAAAGGGUAGGAAUACGAGUGAGAUAGAUCCUGUUUCGCCUAGUCCUCGCGACGCUUAAUUAAUUAGGCGUCGCGUGUAUCUCGAGCGAGUGUUGCGCUUAAUCCGCCGAAAAUCACCGAAACCGCCGUCACGUUCGCUUUUUUUUUAUGAAUUUUUUUUUCCCUCGCGCCUCGGUGAUUUCCGGCUCCCGAGCAGGAGUCGAUGACGAUUGUAAGCGAGAGAAAACGACGGAUUAUAAUGAAAAGUGCGACGAAGUUAGGAAUAUAAGAUUUACCGAAGUAAGUUAACAGAUAAGCUAAUUAAAGUAACAGUUUAUUGAAGUACAUUGUUGCAACUGCCAUGCUGUGUGCCAUUAUAUAACGAGUCACGUUUGUCGUAAAAAGUAAAAAGAACAAAAAAAGAGAGAGAGAAAGAAGAAGAAGAAUACGAUAGCGGACAUACGAAGCAAAAAAAAAAAAAAAUAUAGUAUGUCUGUGAAAUACUUGUGCGCGUUCUCGUCUGUCUGAAAAACUUUUUGAUUUCCAACGCUUCAGAAUCGUGGAAUUACACCGUCGUCCUCGCACACGUCGCACUGAAAUCCCUCCUGAUAAUGCAGUAUUUUGUUAUACAAUUUACUAUACAAUUGUGAGAACGACAAUUUUAUCGGGUAUCAUCGCAGGAUUUUUUAACUGACGCGUCGUUACUAUGUAACGCACGAGGGGGAAAUUUUACGGGCCUUUUCUUAAUACGUACGUAUUGACUUAGCUUUGAAGAAGAUAUGAUUUUGCGAGUAAAUGUAUCGUUCGACGGAAAGAGAGAAAAAGAGAGAGAGAGAGAGAGAGAGAGAAACGCGUCGAGAGGAUACGGAAGAAUACGAAAAGGACGACGGGGUAAAUAUCCGGCAGUCAGAUAUCGCGAACGAUUUCGCUCGAGCUCGCGGAACUCACGUGCACCUGUUUGCGCUAAUCGCGCGCGUGGACCUUGUGCAUCCGAAGUACAGAAAAGAUAUUGCAAUCUAUGAGACAGUACGACACGUAUGUUCCAAAAAUAGAACAAAAAGUCAUCGUGACAUCAGAAUGACGACAAAAUGAUUAUUAAAAGUCGACUUUUCGAUUAAUCACGACUCGCAUUUUGAUUUGUUGUUCUAUAUGGAUUGGCACGCGCGCAAGUACGUAGACACGACACUUCGCACGUGAGAAACGAGGCUCUGAAACGAAAUUCACGACGAAAUUCGGCGCUACGAUCCGUUUCUGCGACGACAAGACUCGACCGCCGAGAGAAAGAAAAAUUUUCAUAUCCUGUCUUUGGAUGCGUUUAUUUCGACGGAUGCGACGAUUACGACGGCAUUUUCUGUAUAGAUAUAAAGAUAUAUACAUAUACAUAUAUAUAUAUAGCAUCUGUUAAUAAUAAUUUACGCGCGCUAAGUCGUUUCGUUACUACAUCGUGUUACGUAGAAGAUUUAUCAAUGUUGUUAUUAACGAUUGUCUUUUUUUGAUAAUCGAUAGUCCUGUAUAAUUGCCACAUCCGUCGUUAGAAAUUCGCAUGAUGCUACAACUCUGUUAUUACAUUGAUAAAUAAUUCGAAUAAUUAUUCUUUUCAAUUUAUUUGAGAUUAAUAAUUUGGCGCUCUAAAAAUUUUAUGCACAAUAUAUUUUAGAUAUUCAGAAAUUUGUCAGGCAUAUACACACAAGUGCAUGUUGAAUAUUUCGCAAUUCUUAUUUCAAGUAAAUUAAUUUGUAUGUAUAAAUUAGAAAAAGAAUCGUUUAUAUAACACAUUAUUUUCACCACAAAAGCAAAGAAUUAAGAACAUAAAAACAUUUGGUGAUAAGCGCAACAUAUGGCGAUUCGUCAACGUCCAAGUAGCAACGGAUCGCUAUGAUUAUACAAGCCGAUUUCGGUGUACAUACAAGCCGUAACGCGAUGUCUUAUAAUAGCGAGUAUAAUUCACUCUCGUUAGUUGACAACCGACGGUGUGUGAAAAAAAAAAUCAAGGAGAAUUUAAUAAGUAAGCACGUUAAGAACGAGGUGACGUCGACCCAUCAUAGAUUCAAGCACAAUAAGGACUAGUAGGGCCAGGCACAAUAAAAUUCGGCCGUCACGUUGUAGACAGCGAUCUGUUAGAGCGACAACUCGUAUAAGUAUCCAUAUAGCGAGGCUAUUAAAUAAACACAUAUUGUCUAUUGUC